UGGCAUAAUGGAAUUAACCUCCUAAAUGUUAAGGCACCACCUAAAGAGCUCCAGAAGUGUGCUCUGCACCUUCUUGACAAGUUGUUCACCAAAAAAGAACUUCGAGGGAUCUUGUUCCAAUCAAAAAGAUCUCUCAAGCCACCUCUAGAUGAGGCUAGAGUGUCAAAAAUGUUUGAUGUUCUCAAUGCACAAUACACAGCUGAGAAAAUACAAAAGUACAGGCAGGCCAUAAUCGAUGCAUGCAAUCAAAAGUGCAGGGACGUGGCAAGGAAGGAAGCUGGAUCAGCAUUGAAAUGCACCAAUGACACUGACAACAGUCGACAAUAAAGGGCCUUUAAAAUUUGAAGCCCAAAUGUUAUUUUAAACAAAACAUUUCACAUUUCUUGUCUUAAAUUCUCAGUGAAUUUGUCAAUUUUAAACUUUACUCAACAAAAAGAGUGCAGAGCAGUUUUGCAGUGCAGCCACUUGGUUAAGGGCAUUUGUUAAGGUUUCAAAACUAUAAAUGCAACAUAUAACAAGAUAUUGCCCAAAGGAUAGCUUAGCUUUUCAUUCUUGGAUUUGGCUGAUAGUGGAAAAAUGCUUAUUAUGACCAGCCCAUUGCAUUUUAAGACAUUUGAAUAUUGUAUGUUAGUUUUCAGAUUUUAAUAAUGUGAUCAGCAUUUCAAAUCCAUUCAAGAGCUGCUUCACAACUGGAACUGAUCGAGUUAUAUUAGAGAGUUUGAUCAAUAAAGAUAACAGUGUAUUAAGGAAACUAAGUGAACUUGUGUGUGACAUUAACUGCUUUAUCUUGCAACUCUCACUUAAACCACCAUGAAUACAGGAUUUGUUUACGCAAUUAAGAUUGACCAUUGAUUGUAUUCAAUUCUGGACGUAAGAUGUGAUAAUCUAUUGUACCUCUUGAUAGUUAAAUAUCAAUUAAACUUCU